GGAAGCCCAGAUGAGCCAUUAGAGGACACACCCACAUUUCGUUGGUGGAUGGCAGACAGGAUGAUUUUCUCUACCACUCUGGACUUUGUGCUGUGCGCGCUACCUGUCAAUUGCUCGCGUCCCACGACAUCUACUACCUUUCCGCUCAAUGCAUCUGACCCCUUGAGAGUCAAUAAUCUCCGUGGACGUUCAAUUUCCUAUUUCACUCGACCGUAAGAAAAGUGGCCUGGGCUUAAUACUACUUUACGUACCGCUAUGGAGUUCGCCAACCAAAGGCCUCAGGGCCACCCCUCGUCACUCACAUCUGAGACUCUUAAUGCUUCAUCUGAUGUUUCCUUCCCUCAACCUUUUCCUUCUUUUCAAGACCGCUUCCCUGACGCUCUCCCUACCCUGACGCCUUCGAGAAACAUCAGGAAGCUUGUCAUUGACAGCUCCGUCACUGUGCCGCCGCCACUGCAGCCGAUUCGACGCAAGCCAUUGUCCAAGACCGCCUCGCCCAUCGCGACUAGGUACUCGUCGGGGGCGUACCUUUCCAUCGCCAGAGAUCUGCCCAAACCCGAGCAGAGGUUCUCGAGGUCGUUCUCUGUCGACAGUCCUACAAUAUACGAGUUUGCUCAGGCGGUACCGCAGCACGACCAAUAUCCUGCAAACCCAUCUGCGCCAAGCGAGAUCGCUUCGACUCAGUCACCCUCCACCAGGAGAUCCCCCAGAGUUGGGAGUUCUGUUCCAUCUAUGCAGGCGAACCCGGCUGUCACAGCGGGCGAAGUCAAACAUCCAAGCUUUCAAGCCCACUACCCUGCAGGUCUCCAAACACGGUCCACAUCUGGACGGUCACAACCCAACGGCCAGGCCACUGAUGACGAUCCAUUGGCUGAAGUCGAAGCCGAUGCAGACGACGAUCCGUUGAGCGUGCUCGACGGUUAUGGUUCUGAUUCUGAUUCGUCCUAUAAUUCUAGUCCUAAUAAUAUGUCUGCCUUCGUGAACCGAAAACCUGCACCGCUUCAAAUUGGUCUUGGGCAGAACAUUUCAAGUCUAUCACCGACACAGACCGAUGCUAGGACUCGCCAUACAGACAAACCGCUCCCAAGGUCACCACGCUCUUCGAAACUAGGAACCUUCUUCGGCUGGGGAUCUCCAUCUCCGUCGGCGACCGAAUUUUCAGACCAAGGCUUUUCGCCGCUAGCAUCGCCAUAUGCACUAUCACGGUCCAACACUUAUACAGAUGCUUCCCCGGUUACCACGGUCAGACCAUCGUCUACACAAGAAGAAUCGAAGGCACGCACAGGAUCCGACAAAUCUAGAGAACACCACGAAUCUUACCUUGCAACACCGCCCGCCCCCACACAAUCGGCCCCCGAGCAGAUCGAAGAGAUGGAGGAUGAGCUGAAGGCCAUCUCCACCGAAUUGGCAUCGUCCAUUCGGCGUGAGAUGGACCUAGAGGACCUGGUUGAAAGAUUGCAGGCAGAACGGGAAAAUCCUUCGUCAACGGCCAACAAGAGGACCAGCGAUUACUUCUCGGACUCGGGCUACAGCUCAGCCAAGUUUAGUGAUUACGGCCAGUCGAGGGAAGAAAUCGAGAAGAUACAGAGGAGGGCAGAGCAGGACACGGCACAAAUCAGGUUGGAGUUGACGACCAAGCUCCAGGAUGAGAGGUCAAGAAGGCAACAGCUCGACAACCAGAUUAAGGAGCUCUCCCAGAAGGCAUCGCAAGUUGAUCUGGCACAGGCGAACAACAGCGAUACCAGCGAUCGAGUUAAGGAACUCGAAAACACUUGUGAGGUUCUGCGCCGCAAGCUAUCGGAAGAGCGCAUGGUCAAGGAUAACUUUGAGGAUCUUCUCUCGGCUUUGAAGGGCGAACUCCAAAAUGCGGCCAACGAGCGCGACAACCUUCGAGAUGAGAUUGUGCCUCGGCUGCGAGCGCGCGUGGAAGGCCUGGAAGGACAGGCUGGCGAGCUGGAGAAGAUGACGUACGAGUCGACAAAGAUGCAACAAGAGCUGCAAAGUCUCCAGGUGGAAAACACGACGUUGAAGAACGCGAAGUCCUUCGCCAGCAUCUCCGAGGAGCCUAUGUCCACGCCACUCUCUCGCCUUUCGCGUUCAAGUUCCAUCACUGGACCGCCAUCUUCAUUCAAGAUGGCACGCGCACCUGGCCUGUCGCGGUCAAAAAGUGUCAAGACUACCGAGUCUCGAGAGGCUCUUUCCGACCGACUGAAGGAUGUGGAGGAACAACGCGAUGCCCUCCACAGGGCUCUCAAGGCUCUGCUCGAGCGUCAAGAGUGCCAGAACCGCGAAAACGACAAAAGAAUUCGCACCCUCGAAGCCGAACGCGAGCGCCUCUUGACGACUUCGCCACAGAAGGCCGGGUUUGUCAAGGAAGUCUCGACUCUUCGUGAAGAAAUCAACGUGCUACGCCGUCGUUCCGAAGAGGCGCUCGAACAGAAGUGGCAGGUGGAAAAAGGCCUUGCUGGGUUGAAGAUGGACCUGGACCGAGCAGAGCAAGAGAUCUCGUCACUGAGAAGUCUGCUUAGCGAGAAGGAUAUUCUGAUUCCGGAGUCGUUCGCUCGGAUGAGCGGGAGCAGUGAUAAGGAUGCCAGCCCAGCAACCUCCGCAUCUCUGAUGGAGGCCUUCCAAGAUCUGCAAGAUUCGUACACCGAGGCUCUUGACCGCAUCAAGAAGCUCGAGCUUGGAUCAUCUAACGAUGACACAAAGAUCAGGAUUGCUAUGGACAAGCUAGAGCAAGCAUUGUCCUCGGCCGUGUUGGAGCGGGAUCUUGCGCGCCAGGAGGCGGCGUCUUACAAAGUGCAACUGGAUGAGCUCAAAGCUGGUGAACAGAUGUAUCUUGAGAGCGAGAAGGCUCUUGCGGACGAACUCCGCGAGUCGGCACGCCGUGUUGAAGAAUUGGCCAUCCAAGUCCGCCAGCAACUGGCCACUAACCAGACCCUGCGCCAGCGUUUGAACGAGACGGUCUCGAGACGCGAGUCGGACCAGCGGUCCCAUGCCCAACGCAUUACCACAAUGCAGGCUCGUCUGCGCACCCUUGAGGAACAGCUCAUCGCAGCCCAAACUGCCUCAGAGGAUCGCAUCGCGCGCCACGAGGAGCAGAUGGCCACGCUCAAGGAGAGCCAUAACCGGCAGCUGUCGAGGCUGAGUGCUGCCAGCGGCCUGCGCUCGCCCCGCGUGUUCCCGCCCAAGUCGCCCCUGUCACCAAUCUUUGCCAAUCCGGCUAGGUCUCCCCGACUCAGCACGACCCGCUCUGGCCCCGCGAAGAGCGUCGCAGACGAGACUCAAGUCACCGCUCUCAAGGAGCGUGUCGCCGAGCUGGAGAGGGCAUUGGUUACUGCCGACUUCGAGAUGCAGGAGGUCGUUGGCCGUAUGAACACAGCUCAGAUCGAGGUGCUUACGCUACAGGAGGAGCGCGAAGCCGCUGUGAGCCAAACGCGGAAGCUCGAAAGAGAGCUGAAGGCUGAGAAGGUCAAGAUCUUCGAGGACCGAUUCAAGUCGUUGUCGGGAUGAUAUUGUCGUCCUCACUUGACACGAUAAAUUUGCUUCUAAGCGAGCGCUGUACCAUGACUUUUGGGGGAGGGUUUUUACGGCAUAUAUGGGCAUCGGGCGUCCAUAAGGACAAGCAAGAGGUUAGAGCAACACUCUUCUGGAACCAAAAAGGCGAUGGGGCGUUGGGCAUACAAACUGCCUCUUUUGGGUUUCUACUACACUAUAUAUCCCCCUGGCUCAUUGUAUAACGUCGGGACCUUUUGUUUUCUUGUAAACUAUAUUGGACUUCUAGGGUCAAAUAUACUUAAUGUUUUUUUAGCUAGUACUAGUGUAUGUGUACUUGGGUGUGAGAUGAUUAGUAAGAUAGGUUUUCGGGUACAGGUAGCCAUGAUAGUGUGGACGGAUCAACUCAGAUACCUACCAAUGGGGGUACUGUAGAGACUUGUAAAGAUAAUAACACAUACCUGCCAAGGCAAAAUACAUACACAUAAAGCCCCAU